AUGAAGAAAAUUGUUUCAGAUGAGUCGAGCUUGAAGCAUUCACAUGAAGACGAGGCUGCUAAUCUAUCGCACACAUUUAAAUACUUAUUUGCUACGCAGUUCUUGUCAAGAGGAAUCCCUUUCAUAUUUAAUUCGUGGAUUGUCAGGCACCUCACCGAAGAAGAAUAUGCGAUGUAUGCUGUGCAAUUCCAUCUGUUUGUCACCUGUGUCUUGUUCCUCAGUCGAGAAGGAUUUUGGCGAGCAUGCAUGAGAGCAGUUAUAAGAUGUAAUGAUGCGUCAACAACGAGAGAAAAUACAGCAAAACUUUUGAAAGUUGCCUGGCUGACAUUUCCUUUAGGAAUAAUUAUUACACUUGCAGCAUGUGUAUACGUAUUCUGGUUGAAAGGACUAAGUUAUUCUAGUCCAUAUGCCCAGGGUAUCUUGAUUCACGGUUUUGCAUGUAUACUUGAACUACUAGCGGAACCCUUUUAUAUCUUAUCUCAAAACAUGCUGCUUCUGAGACUGCGGCUGGUUGUUGAAAGUACAGCUACUCUUUCACGUUGUAUAACGACGUAUAUCCUCAUACUGAAGCAAUCUAGCAUGGAGAAAGAAAUUGUAUUUGCCUUGUCUCAAGUAGCAUAUGGAGCUUCAAUAUUCUUGGGUUAUUGGGGAUAUUUUCUUCUUUUUCGUGUAUCUGAAACUUUUGACCUUUUUCCUUUCAGCGUAGGGAACUUGAUGGAUUAUGAUAGGCCACUAGCAAAUAUGUGUAAGCUGUUCACUCUUCAAUCUGUUAGAAAGUUGAUUCUUCAGGAAGGAGAAAAGAUGGUCCUUGUAUGGUUGGAUACACCGUAUAACCAAGCAGUAUAUGGAGUUGUAGAGAAACUAGGGAGCUUAGUGGUUAGGCUGGUGUUUCUUCCAUUCGAAGAAAGUUCAUAUGCUACCUUUGCAAGAUCUGCAUCAGGAGACAAUAAAGAGAAAAGCAGGAAGCUUGGACGGUGUCUUACAGAUGCUCUGAAACUUGUUCUGCUGAUAGGCAUGGUGGUUAUCUCCUUUGGUCCAAGCUAUUCUUACUCUCUCAUCAGAAUAUUGUACGGUAGGAAAUGGAGUGAUGGAGAAGCUUCUACAGCCCUGCAAUAUUAUUGCCUUUAUGUAAUAGUCUUGGCCAUGAAUGGUACAUCUGAAGCAUUUUUGCACGCAGUUGCAACAGAGAAUCAACUCAAGCAAUCAAACAAUUCGUUGGUUGUAUUCUCAUUUGUUUACCUAGUGUUGAAUGUGUUACUUAUAAGAUCAGCUGGAGCAGUGGGGUUGAUCACUGCAAAUUCUUUGAACAUGAUUUUCAGGAUUAUUUAUUCAGCGAGAUUCAUCAGCAAUUAUUUCAAGGAGUCAUCCUCGUUUUCUUUUCGUGAGUGCUUGCCCUCAGGCUGGGAAUAUCUACUAUGUUCAGGGCAUUUGCAAUCUACCGUAAGGAGAGACCAUUUAUCAGCAAAAUUAUUCAUUUUCGCGAGCAUGCUGACUGAAACUUUAGAAGUUUUGAGUUGUCUUGAAGUUCAAAAUCCUGUACAACAUUUUCCUGAGGAAAAGGGAGGAGAUAAUUUGAAUUCUAUCCAUGAUGAGGGUUCAUAUACAAAAUAUUUUCUCUUCUUUAAUUAUAUCGAGUUCAAUGUAACAAAUACAUCGAAUUUUCCGUAUUUACAUUAUGUAUCACUAGUAAAAUUUCACAAAGAAGGGGCAUUUGUAUUGCUUUUCUUUCAUGUAUUUAGAUUCUAG